AUGGUUCUCAAGGCCGAUAAGGACAAUUUGGCCGAUAAGGACAAUUUGGCCGAUAAGGACAAUUUGGCCGAUAAGGACAAUUUGGCCGAUAAAGACAAUUUGGCCGAUAAGGAAAAUUUGGCCGAUAAGGAAAAUUUGGCCGAUAAGGAAAAUUUGGCCGAUAAGGACAAUUUGGCCGAUAAGGACAAUUUGGCCGAUAAGGACAAUUUGGCCGAUAAGGACAAUUUGGCCGAUAAGGACAAUUUGGCCGAUAAGGACAAUUUGGCCGAUAAGGACAAUUUGGCCGAUAAGGACAAUUUGGCCGAUAAGGACAAUUUGGCCGAUAAGGACAAUUUGGCCGAUAAGGACAAUUUGGCCGAUAAGGACAAUUUGGCCGAUAAGGACAAUUUGGCCGAUAAGGACAAUUUGGCCGAUAAGGACAAUUUGGCCGAUAAGGACAAUUUGGCCGAUAAGGACAAUUUGGCCGAUAAGGACAAUUUGGCCGAUAAGGACAAUUUGGCCGAUAAGGACAAUUUGGCCGAUAAGGACAAUUUGGCCGAUAAGGACAAUUUGGCCGAUAAGGACAAUUUGGCCGAUAAGGACAAUUUGGCCGAUAAGGACAAUUUGGCCGAUAAGGACAAUUUGGUCGAUAAGGACAAUUUGGUCGAUAAUGACAAUUUGGCCGAUAAGGACAAUUUGGCUGAUAAGGACAAUUUGGCCGAUAAGGAAAAUUUGGCCGAUAAGGAAAAUUUGGCCGAUAAGGACAAUUUGGCCGAUAAGGACAAUUUGGCCGAUAAGGACAAUUUGGCCGAUAAGGACAAUUUGGCCGAUAAGGACAAUUUGGCCGAUAAGGACAAUUUGGCCGAUAAGGACAAUUUGGCCGAUAAGGACAAUUUGGCCGAUAAGGACAAUUUGGCCGAUAAGGACAAUUUGGCCGAUAAGGACAAUUUGGCCGAUAAGGACAAUUUGGCCGAUAAGGACAAUUUGGCCGAUAAGGACAAUUUGGCCGAUAAGGACAAUUUGGCCGAUAAGGACAAUUUGGCCGAUAAGGACAAUUUGGCCGAUAAGGACAAUUUGGCCGAUAAGGACAAUUUGGUCGAUCAGGACAAUUUGGCCGAUAAGGAAAAUUUGGCCGAUAAGGACAAUUUGGCCGAUAAGGAAAAUUUGGCCGAUAAGGACAAUUUGGCCGAUAAGGACAAUUUGGCCGAUAAGGAAAAUUUGGCCGAUAAGGACAAUUUGGCCGAUAAGGACAAUUUGGCCGAUAAGGACAAUUUGGCCGAUAAGGACAAUUUGGCCGAUAAGGACAAUUUGGCCGAUAAGGACAAUUUGGCCGAUAAGGACAAUUUGGCCGAUAAGGACAAUUUGGCCGAUAAGGACAAUUUGGCCGAUAAGGACAAUUUGGCUGAUAAGGACAAUUUGGCCGAUAAGGACAAUUUGGCCGAUAAGGACAAUUUGGCCGAUAAGGACAAUUUGGCCGAUAAGGACAAUUUGGAUUCACAACUCAAGACUGCCGAUUUUAUGCCUCCGACGCAAAUCGAAACAAUAUGA